UCUUCCUUUCUUCUGAGUACUCUGUCUCCUCUCUGUCUUCGGCCCGGUUCACAGGAGAAGCCCAGGAUAACACUUUCUGACUCGGAGGAGAAGAUGAAUUCCCGCGUGUUUUCGCUCGUCUCCUGCGUGGCGCUGCUCUCGCUGUGCCACGCCACUCCUCUGUUCUACAACACAUCCAUGGACGGCAGCGGGGAUGAAGCCGAGCUGGAGCUCCUUUUUCCAACCGCUAUCUCCACUCGAGCGCCUGUUCAGGUCUCUGCUGCCACUGGAGCUCCCACCCUCACCAGCACCAUCACCAACACCAUCACCAUCACCAUGAUCCGCCUGAAGGACUUCGUCCUCACUCGCGUCGUGGACUUCCUGCAGCAGAAUCUGCUCAUCAUCAUCGUCGUGACCUCUCUUCUCAUCGUCAUGGUCUUCAUCAUCUGCUGUGCCUCCGCCAUGAGUCAUAAGCGCAAGCUGGAGGCCUCCAAACCGCCUCCGAACGCGAGCAAGAAGCAAGUGGCUGAUAAAACGGGCAAAAAUCCAAGUGAGCCCCAAGAGAGGCCGUACGCCGUCGACCACGUCAAGAGGGUCCAGACUCAGAGCGCGGCCUCCCCCAAGCACCUGCGCACGCCCUCCAAGGCUCUGGUGGGCGAGAGGGGCAGAGAGGUCAGGUCGUCGCCACGCCAGGAGGCCAGGAAGGUGAGGGAGGCAGAAGAGGAGCCCAAGCACAAGGAGCAGCCCAAGCGCAAGGAGGAGGUGCAGCAGAGCUCCGGCCCCAGCACCAGCUCUGGUCAUUCAGGCUGCACCUGCCACCUGAAGAAGGCCCACCACUGAGGCCGGCUCAGGGCGGAUGUUGGCUUGAGAGGCGAAAUGUUGCAAACACGGCAUGAAAAAAGAUCAGACAGGUUGGUUAUGCUGCACACAUAUGGAGGAAUAUAUAUAAAGGCCUUUGUGAUUAGAAUCUGGUUAAGCCCAUUUACAACUUCCACCAAGAAAGGUCUUGGUGAAGCUCAUGCCCUUAAAACAUCUAAUGAUUAAACAGUUAAAGAGUUCAUGAAUAUAUGGACUAUGGGUGGAAAAUAAUUAAUUGAUAGAAGAUAUAUUACUAGAUAUCUAAAGACUGAGUUGUGUUGCUGCAUGAAUCCUGUCUAUAAAUGUUGCAUGUCACAUUUUUUGAUACAUACAAAGAUUAAAAAACUAACACUUUGAAUGCUACAUGCCAACAACUUUAAAGUGGCUCUGUGGUCCGUUUGUGUAGCUGAGAUCAUUUUAUCACUGAGUGGUCUGAACCGCCUACCAUCAUAUCACGGUUACCAUCAUAUCACGGUGCCAUUAAAGUAGCAUCACUUGAAACUGCAAAAUAAACAUUUUGCUUUUGGGUUUGUUGUUUUUAAAGAAAGACAAGAAAAAACUAUAUGUUGAAAAUAAUUAAGAAUGAGAAUCCUGUAUUUUGCCAUGUUCUCAAAAUUGAAAUGACAAAAGAGAAUUUGUUUGUUCUUAAUACCGAGUUGUAUAAAACCAUAAGCCUGUCCAUAGACAGAGGAAUCCCCUCAGUACGUCCUGCUGUACGCUGGAGCAUCUUUUCUUUUAAAGCAAAACCGUUGCUGCUGUAGAGAAAGUAAAGCGAGACUCCAGUAAAGUCGAUUUGUUGAAUAAGUAACAUAACUAUCACUUUAUAUUUACAUUCAUAUUUACUUAAUUGUGCAUAAUGUUAUUUGUAUUUCACUUUCCAAACCUAAUUCACAAAGCUUUACACCAAAAGCACGUUGUGCAACUGUGUUAUUUCUGGGAAGUUUAAGUAAAAAACAUACAUAUAUAUCUAUUAUCUGUCUGUCUAUAUAUUUAUUUGGUUGAUAGUUCUGCUGAUGUGCCUUCAACAUGAAACGUAAGAGUUCUGGGGUACAAAUACUUUGUGAAUCAGGUUUGUUUUUAUAAUAAGUAAUACUUAUGGUUAAGAUAAAUUGUGUGUUUUGUUUUUAAUGUAAUAAUUUGUAAUGAGUCAAAACUUGCGUACGGAGAUAAGUAGUUGGUGGUGUAACAGGUUUAACUUUAACUUAUGGCGGCUGAAAAUAUCUAAAAAUCAGACAUAUUUGUCAAAUUUAUCUAUAUAUAAUUUGAUUAAAAAUUCAGACUACACUCAAGAAGAUAAUUUGUCAACUCACUAUCCCAUCGAGGUAAUUAGUGACUGAGCAUCUCAACCAGGAUGAGUUGUGGAUGAAUGAAGGGCCAGAUGUUUGUCAUGUUUAAGCUCUUUAACCCUUGUGUUGCCUUCGGGUCAU